AUGUCUAAUGAACGAAGUCCCGAGGCGAAUAUUCCACCUCCUCUUCCGCAUGCUCCUUUACAAAUCGAGCCUUCUGUAUGUCAUGUUUGUCAUGAAUCUAUGGAAGAAGGUGCCGAUUGCCUCAUAAUUCAUGACUGUUCUCAUGCAUUUCAUAGAAACUGCAUAGAAUCAUAUUUAUCUAAUCGGUCUGAAUGUCCUGAAUGUAAGAGGUCAUGUCAAUUAUCUGAACUUAGAAAAUUAGUAAUUGUUUCAAGAGUCACAUCUGUUAGAACUAAUCCUAAGGCAAAAACAAGAGGUGCUUUAGCAAAGCAUUAUAAUACAAGACAAUCUCAAAAAUAUGCUUUUUCUGACCCAAAUCCCCAGAAUACGAAUAUCACCACUUUUCAGGAACAGACUACAAAUGUGGCUGAAAUCAGUCAAAAUAAUAACAAUUCUUUGAAUUCGCCGAUUAGAAUUACCACUCCCACACCAACACAAGCUAAUACAAAUACUAUUGAUUAUUCUCAGAUUAAUAGAUUAAUCGAAGAAAAUCUUAAUCGCAUAUUGGGGAACCUUAAUCUUGUUCCACAAUCUAAUGUUAAUGGUAUUCAAGAUAAUAAUCGUAAUUUUCAAAACAAUAACAAUAAUGUUAAUAAUUUUCAAAAUCCAUCAAAUUAUGGUGAACCUCAAAGGCAACAAACUCGCCUCAACGGCAAUAACCCAUACUCGUUUUCACCUAUCGCAAUUUCUAAUCUGAGUUCUAGCUCCAUGCAUGGCGACAAGAUCACUUCCAUAAUUCAGAACUGGAACCUCAAGUUCGACG